GCAUGAGAGAAUGCUGGAAUGGGAUAGGGCAUUCUUCAGCAUUAGUGAAUAAGGGAGACUGGUUGGUGGUCAGGUGGAGCUGCUCAGGCUGAGGCUGUCACCGUUCGAUGCUGAAGCUGUGUCACAGCAGUUGUGAUGAAAAGUCGGCUGCCUGCAGGUCAAAGUAAGCAGGGUCAGUGCCGUGUACCACAGGAGGCAUCGUCCAUCCUGACUGAUCAACGGUUUGGAUUCUGAAGCAUUGAGGCAGAAACAGCUACUAGUUCCAGAGAGAGAGAGAGAGAGAGACACACACACAGACAGAGAGCUGUUUGUCAACUCGGUCACUGUGCCCUAAUUUUCCUUAGAUGCAAAGAAAGACUUUGUGCAGAGCCUGAGCCCAAAGCCCUCGGGCUGACAACCUCAGAUGGCGGAGGCCCACCAGGCUGUGGCGUUUCAGUUCACCGUCACCCCCGAUGGCAUCGACUUGCACCUGAGCCAUGAGGCCCUGAAACAGGUCUACCUGUCCGGCCUGCGGUCGUGGAAAAAACGGUUCCGACGGUACAAAAACGGGAUCCUGACGGGGGUGUACCCCGCUAGCCCCUCCAGCUGGCUGUUUGUGGUGGUGGCUGUGAUCGCAACAAUGUAUGCCCGCGUCGACCCUUCCCUGGGGAUGAUCGAGAAGAUCAGGGGCCACCUGCCUACCAAUGGUUACCUGUCCAACCAGAGUGAGAACAUCCUGAGUGGUCUGCUCUUCGGCACGGGACUGUGGAUCGCCCUGGUCUUCACCAUGCGCCAGACACUGAAGCUGCUUCUUUCCUAUCACGGAUGGAUGUUCAUCCAACAUGGCAACACCCCAACCAACGUCAAGCUCUGGAUGCUGAUGGUGAAGAUCUUCUCUGGCCGCAAGCCCCUGACGUACAGUUUCCAGACCUCCCUUCCGCGACUCCCUGUGCCGACUGUGAAGGACACCAUGAGGAAGUACCUGGAGUCCGUCCGACCACUCCUGAGUGACGAGGAGUUCAAGCGAAUGCAGGCCCUGGCUCAGGACUUCGAGCUGAAGGUGGGACCGAGGCUUCAGUGGUAUCUGAAGCUCAAAUCCUGGUGGGCCACCAACUACGUCAGUGAUUGGUGGGAAGAGUACAUUUACCUCCGAGGACGUGGGCCCAUCAUGGUGAACAGCAAUUACUACGCAAUGGACUACCUGUACAUUAUUCCAACGCGGUCGCAAGCGGCUCGAGCAGGGAACACCAUCCACGCCAUGUUGCUCUACCGGCGUAAACUUGACCGUGAGGAGAUCCGCCCCAUUUACCUGCAGGACACUGCGGUUCCCCUCUGCUCCGCGCAGUUUGAGUGGCUGUUUAACACGACACGCAUCCCCUGCCAGUGUUCAGACACCCUGCAGCACCUGAAGGACAGCAAGCACAUUGCGGUGUACCACAGGGGCCGCUACUACAAGGUCUGGCUCUACCACAGCGGCCGGCUGCUCAGACCCUGCGAGAUCCAGGUGCAGAUGCAGAAGAUCCUCGACGACCCGUCGGAGCCCCAGCCCGGCGAGGAGAAGCUGGCGGCUCUGACCGCCGGUGACAGGGUGCCCUGGGCCAAAGCUCGCCGUUCCUUCUUCAGCCAGGGGAGGAACAAGCUGUCACUGGAGGCCAUCGAGAAGGCGGCUUUCUUUGUGACGUUGGACGAUACUGAACAGGGGUUUAGGAAGGAGGACCCAGUCGCCUCGCUGGAUAAUUACGCAAAAUCGUUGCUUCACGGCAAGUGCUACGACAGGUGGUUCGACAAGUCCUUGAGUUUUAUCAUUUUCAAGAACGGUAAAGUGGGUCUGAAUGCUGAACACUCCUGGGCAGAUGCACCCAUCAUCGGCCACUUGUGGGAGUACUUGCUGGCCACCGACCAGUUCCAACUCGGAUACACGGAGGAUGGGAAUUGUAAGGGAGAGCCUAAUUCCAGGAUCCCUGUACCCCAGCGACUGCAGUGGGAGAUCGGAGAGCCGUGCCAGGAAGUCAUCAGUCAGUCUCUGAAUGUGGCCCAGCAGCUUGCCAGUGAUGUGGACUUCCACUCUUUCCCCUUUGACAAGUUUGGGAAGGGCCUGAUCAAGCGGUGCCGGAUCAGUCCUGACGCCUUUGUCCAAAUGGCACUACAACUGGCGCAUUACCGGGACAAGGGUAAAUUCUGCCUCACCUACGAAGCCUCGAUGACCCGCCUGUUCAGAGAGGGUCGCACGGAGACCGUCCGCUCCUGCACCAGUCAGUCCACCAGGUUCGUUCUGGCCAUGGUGGACCCCUCUCAGACGAGUGAAGAGAAACUGAGGUUGUUUAAGCUGGCCGCUGAGAAGCACCAGAGCAUGUACCGUCAAGCCAUGACUGGGGGCGGCAUCGACCGCCACCUCUUCUGCCUCUACGUGGUGUCCAAGUACCUGGGAGUGGACUCCCCGUUCCUGAAAGAGGUCUUGUCUGAGCCGUGGAAGCUCUCCACCAGCCAGACCCCGCACCAGCAGGUUGACCUCUUCGACCUUAACCGGUACCCCGAGUACGUGUCAAGUGGCGGGGGAUUCGGGCCGGUUGCGGACGAUGGCUAUGGUGUAUCUUACAUAAUGGUCGGAGAAAAUCUCAUCAACAUGCACAUUUCAAGUAAAUUCUCCAGUCCCGAGACAGAUUCCCAUCGGUUUGGCAACCAUUUCCAACGAGCCAUGAUCGACAUCCUUGACCUGUUCAACCUGGACAAGAGGACCGGCAAGUAGCGGCAGUCCCGGCGAUGGAGUUGAGAGGACCGGUCCCCAAUUCCCCCCCCCCCACCCCCGGGGCAGUUGGUGCUGGCACCUGAUGUGGGACGACGAGAACCAUUUUGAACAUUGACAAAUUCGCUGCCUCCUGGGAGCCCUGCGCUGUUCUGUGAGUGCGCCAGCCCGUUCCCUGAGACAGCUCAGGCCGGGCAGGAACCUCCAGUCUGACGGCAGUGAGCAGGUCCUGUCAGGAGCUGGUGAUACCACUGUAAACUGCACCCCAAACUUUGGUCUAGGUUUACUGCACGAGAUCAGGUAGAUGCUCACUUCCCUUCUCUGCCGCAUUGUGAUUAUUAUGCAGAGCCUUUAUUUUAAUUGUCUGUCUCUGAACAGUGCUUGAUCAUAAUUGUCAGGGUUGUUCACCUCUACAGAAUAUCAUUGCAGAUCCCAGCUUGUGCAAGGAGGCACAGUAUCACAGCUUCUCCGAUGUCGCUAUUGGAAAAUUGUCUGACUUGGGGGGCCCGGGGUUCACAUGCUUCCCCAGACCCGACAUGGAGGUUUGUUGAUUUAGUGUGGAUAUUGUGUAAAGAACCAAUGAAUGUAUUGCAGGUGAUCUCAGCUGUUAAGUGAAUGCCAUAUGUAUUACGGAAUAAAGAGGUGGGGACCAUC